AUGAGCUCGGUUCCGACAUCUGCAGCCGUUCCGAGCUCUCCGGAGCCCACCAAGAUAACGUUAGCGUCUCCAAAUGUCGACUACGAGGCCGUGAAGACCCUUGUGGAGGUUGAAGACGGAGCUCUCGAACCUGGCGGUGCUCCGUCCGUCUUCUCGUGGCAGCACGUCGGUCUGCUCGCUCACAUCGCUUCGGUUGGCGUCGUCUACGGCACGUUGUCGGGCGUCAUCUAUGCAUGUCGGCGACUACCUCGAGCACUGCGUUUGUUCACUGCGAUCUUGUCCGACUGCUAUCCGAUCUUCGGCUACCGACGCCGUCCGUACCUGAUUCUGGGCUGUCUGCUGACGUUCGUGUGCUGCUUCCUCAUGGCGGUGCUGCCUCUGGGCGAUCCGUACUACCGAGACCCAGCACUCGCUGACAUUGACGAAGACGAGCUUACGGCUGAGCAGCUGGCCAUGAUCAACCACGACGCACCGGAUAAAGGCAUCAAGCUCAUCAUCCUGUUCGUGUUCGCCAACCUGGGCACGGCGAUCUCGUUCGGCGCCUCGGAUGGCUACACAGCAAGCUGCUAG